CUCUCUCACAUUUUUCCUUCUCCCUCAGACCGUUAUUUAAUUCAAUCGCGGAACAGAGCCAGAGAGCCUCGGCCUCACCUCCCGGAGGACCCAAAUUCUUCUCCUCGGAUAGAGAGAGAGAGAGAAUCAACACUCAAUUCUCGAUCUGUUUGUGUAAUUUUAUGAGAAAUUUCGGAAGCAGCGGAGGAGGAGUGGUAAUUGAAGGAUGAAGUUCUGCAAGAAAUACCAGGAGUACAUGCAGGGACAGGAGAAAGAACUCCCCGGCGUCGAAUUCAAGAAGCACAAGAAGAUUUUGAAGAAAUGCAGGAGCGAUCUUCAUUCCCACAACCACCCUGAUGCUGUUCUCAACAUUCCCACUUGCCCCCAUUGCUGCCCAGUAUGCGACGGGACUUUCUUCCCUUCCCUCCUCAACGAAAUGUCUGCAGUAGUAGGCUGCUUCAAUGAGCGGGCUCAGAAAUUGCUCGACCUUCAUCUGGCCACCGGCUUUCGGAAAUACUUCAUAUGGUGCAAAGGCAAGGUACAAGGGAAUCAUGUUGCCUUGAUUCAAGAAGGCAAGGACCUGGUUACUUACGCAAUGAUUCACGCCAUUGCAAUCCGAAAAAUACUUAAAAAAUACGAUAAGAUUCAUUACUCUAAGCAAGGACAGGCAUUCAAGUCACAAGCUCAGAGUAUGCACAUUGAGAUCCUUCAAUCCCCAUGGCUGUGCGAGCUUAUGGCCUUCCAUAUAAACUUGAGGGAAACAAGUGUGAAAAGGCAGAAGGCCCCUUCACUGUUCGAGGGGUGCGCCCUUAUAUUGAAGGAUGACAAACCAUCGCUCUCUUGUGAGCUCUUUGAUUCUAUCAAGCUUGAUAUUGAUUUAACUUGUUCUAUAUGCUUGGACACAGUUUUUGAUCCAGUAUCUCUCACGUGCGGCCACAUUUUCUGCUAUAUGUGUGCUUGCUCCGCUGCAUCGGUGACUGUUAUUGAUGGACUCAAGGUGGCAGAGCCUAGAGAGAAAUGCCCUCUGUGCCGAGAGGCAGGAGUUUAUGAAGGUGCUGUGCACUUGGAAGAGCUUAACAUUCUGUUAAGCCGAAGCUGCCGUGAAUAUUGGGAGACGCGGCUUCAAACAGAGAGAACGGAGAGGAUUCAACAAGCAAAGGAGCACUGGGAAACCCAAUGUCGAGCUUUCAUGGGUGUCUGAAUGAGUCAUCCCUGUGGCGAUGCUGGGACUUAUUGACGUAUAUAAAGUUUUACGUGCAUUUCUGGGCAGAACUCCUGCACCAAGCACUCCUGAAUCUUGAUUGUUCAUCGCCUGUUCCUGGGUUGCUUGCUAAUGGCAGGAGUAGCUGCUUCAUGCUAACAGGGCCGCGCUUAGAUUAGAAGGAGCGUUACGGGGUAAGGACCUUCUGUCUGAUUGAUUUGCUCGACUUCCAUCGUUGCUUCUGGCGAAGCAUUCGCAGAAUGACAAAUGAAAGUGGGUGCUUAAUGUGGGACUUUGAUUUUGUUUCAUUUUAUGCUUCUGGUGAAAUGUGUUUUUGUCAGUGAAUGAGGUUGUUAUUGUAACCGAGUAUUUGAUCAAAUACUUUAAAUUAGAUAUGAAUUUUAGAUAAGAUGCAUUUUGCAUAA